AUGAAUAGAGAGGGGCGCCGGCGCGGCACGGUCCAGAGCUACUGUAGCCUGCCGUCGCCUCGGAAGCCCAGACCUGGCUUCAGAAUCGUCAACCGGUUCGACUCGCCACCGAGCGCCUCUUUGUUCAUCAAGGUUUCCCCUAAACCCACCAACCACUCCAAGUUCACGGGUAAGUGCGCUCGGCCCAAGUGGUCAAAGUGCCAUACUAACCCAGCUACCAAGUCCAAGGCCAAGGCCAAGGGAACCCAGAAGAUGCGCUUAAGCGACGCCGGUUCGAGUUAUAGCCUGAUGCCUUGGCGAGCCGUGGGUCUAAGGCCCGUGUCGAAGUUCGCCGGCUUUUCGGCCACUGCAAUUUUGGAUCAAUUAGACAGUGAUUAUGACGGGGAGGGUGAUUGUGUGGAUGAGAUCCACGAGGAGUAA